AUCAUGUUGCGUUGGUUAUGACGGGGUUCAUUCGGAAGCUUGAUUUACUCUCUUCAUUCUAUAUUCCCGACUUGACAGUGUCUUAUCGUCGUUAUCGGUGUCGUUGAAUAACUUUCAGUCUCAUUCUACUGCCUACACACACACAUCACUCGCAACCUACCUAUCUACCUACCUACCUAUAUACACCCUCAUAUUGUCGUAAUCAUCCAUCAUCACCAUGGCCACUUCAACCGGUACCGGCUGGGCUCAGCUCCGGCAGCAAGCCCGAUCUCUCGAGACUCAGACCGAGAACCUUUUCCACACAUACUCGCAAUACGCCUCAUUAACAAAGCUCCCUCCCACACCCUCGGAGGAAGAGCAACGGAUUGAAUCGCAGCUCAAAGACCUCCUAGAACGACGCGACUCCCUAAUCUCCCAACUCGCCCGCCUCCUCGACUCCGAAGCAACCCUCACCUCCUCCGCCCUCAAACAAAACAACCUCUCCCGUCACCGCGAAGUCCUCCACGACCAUCGUCGCGAACUCCAGCGGCUGAAAUCCGCCAUCUCCGAGUCCCGCGACCGCGCUAACCUGCUCUCCAACGUCCGCUCCGAUAUCGAUGCCUACCGCAGCUCGAACCCAGGUCAGGCAGAAGCAGAUUACAUGCUUGAGGAGCGGGGUCGGAUUGACGAAAGCCAUAAUAUGAUUGAUGGGGUCUUGAGUCAGGCGUAUGCUAUUAACGAGAACUUUGGUCUCCAGCGGGAGACGCUGGCCAGUAUUAAUCGACGCAUUGUGGGCGCGGCGAACUCGGUGCCCGGGAUGAAUGCGUUGAUUGGGAAGAUUGGCUCGAAGAGGAGACGGGAUGCGUUGAUUUUGGGGGCUUUUAUUGGGUUUUGCUUUCUGAUGUUGCUUUGGUUGAGGUGAUUGCUUGAUUCUGUUACUUUGUCUGAAGCAUGUUGUGAUUCUGUUGCGUUGUCUAGUUUGUGGGUUUGGGAUGGGCGUCUUGAGGAGUGAGAUUUGUCUCUUUUUCUAUUCUUGGCUUUGUCUAUGCGCUGUUUUUGCGUCUAUACUAUACAGAGAUUAAUGGUGGGGGGGGAGAUUUGUUUCCUGGUGUCGGGUCAGUGCUGUCUGGAGCAUAUUUCCACGCUCCCACUCAACACUCACGCAAACACCCUGGUAUGUACAUACACAGAGUCCAGAAUCCAGUAUGAACUGG